GUGUGUGUAUAUAUAUCAUGUGGAUAAUAUAUGAACAUUCCUCCCUCUUCACAGCCUUCAACAGAAAUGGAAAUCCUCUCUGUCCUCUUUACCUCCAUAACAACUACACUGCUACUUCUGUUCAUACCCUUUUCGGCCCUAAUACUAAGAAUCUUCACCGGCAAAUCAAUCAACAACCCGAAAUACCAUCCGGUGUUAGGAACUGCUUUUCAUCAGCUCUUCCACUUCAGCACACUCUAUGACUAUCAAACACGAGUUGGGAAAACACAUCCAACUUUCCGGCUUCUUGGUCCGGAUCAAAGUGAUAUAUACACAACAGAUACGCGAAAUAUCGAAUACAUACUUAAAACCAACUUUGACAAGUACUCAAAAGGUAAGCAAAAUCAAGAUAUAGUGACGGACUUGUUUGGAAAAGGGAUCUUUGCUGUGGAUGGUGAGAAGUGGAGGCAUCAGAGGAAGCUCGCGAGCUACGAGUUCUCAACCAGAGUGUUGAGAGAUUUCAGCUGUGCUGUUUUCAGAAGAAAUGCUGCCAAAUUGGUCAGAUCUGUUUCUGAAUUUUCUGUGGCAAAACAGGCUUUUGACAUACAAGAUUUGUUAAUGAGAUGCACUUUAGAUUCCAUAUUCAAAGUCGGUUUUGGGGUGGACUUGAACUGCCUUGAAGGAUCAAGCAAAGAGGGCAGUGCAUUUAUCAAGGCCUUCGAUGAUUCAAAUGCGUUGGUAUAUUGGCGCUAUGUUGAUCCACUGUGGAAGCUAAAGCGGUUUCUUAACAUCGGCUGUGAAGCUUCCCUCAAGAAGAACAUCACAUUCAUCGAUGAUUUUGUUCACAGCUUAAUCAGGACGAAGAGGAAACAGCUAGAGAUGCAACAAGAUUGUAAUGACAAAGAGGACAUACUUUCACGGUUUCUAGUGGAAAGCAAGAAGGAUCCAGAGGAGAUGAAUGAUAAGUACCUGAGGGAUAUCAUCCUGAACUUUAUGAUUGCCGGAAAAGAUACCACUGCAAAUACUCUUUCAUGGUUCUUCUAUAUGCUUUCCAAGAAUCCACUGAUACAAGAGAAAAUCGCGCAAGAAGUGAGAGAUGUCAUCAGUAGUAGUCAAGGGAAUGAAAUUAGCAUUGAUGAGUUUGUCACCAACAUAACUGAUGAAAAACUCGACAAAAUGCAGUACCUUCAUGCAGCAUUGACAGAGACCUUGAGGCUAUACCCUGCAGUACCAGUGGAUGGGAGGGUUGCAGAAACAGAUGACACUCUACCUGAUGGCUUUAAACUGAAGAAAGGGGAUGGCGUAUACUACACAGCUUAUGCAAUGGGGAGGAUGUCUUACAUUUGGGGCGACGAUGCUGAGGAUUUUCGACCUGAGAGAUGGCUCAACAACGGGGUUUUCCAGCCUGAAUCACCAUUCAAAUUCGUAUCCUUUCAUGCUGGUCUUAGGAUUUGUUUAGGCAAAGACUUUGCUUAUCGCCAAAUGAAGAUCAUGUCAACGGCUCUCCUGCAGUUCUUCCAGUUCAAGUUAGCCGACGACAUGAAAAAUGUGACUUAUAGAACCAUGUUUACACUUCACAUUGAUGGAGGCCUUAAUCUUCAUGCAGUUCCAAGAACAAAUUUUGGGAUGUAAAGCUAACGUUAGUAGAGAACUAUCAUGGUUGCAGCUGAUGUAAAAAAAUGUGUACCUUGUAAUAUAUAUGUGUGUGUGUAUGCAAGUGAGGCUAGCAUUGUUGAUAGUCAAAUUAUGAUCAUGACUUGCAAUGACAACACAGUGAAAAAACCCAGGAAUUCUAGUCAGGUGGCAUGAGUGGUUCUGUGAGUCAGGGUAAACUUGGAUUAUUUUAUGCAAUUUUAAAAAGUAAGGGGAUCCUAGUUUUCAGUUUUUC